AUGCCUAGAGAGAGUAGUGAGAGUCAGAGUAGGGUGCCCAGGAGCCCCCAGCAGGGCCUGGAGGCCAGCUCGUCCUCGGAGGAUGCCCUGACGGGCCAGUAUGAGGUGCUGAGGUCCAUCGGGCAGGGCAACUUUGGCACUGUGAGGCUGGCCCGCCACAUCCUGACGGGGGCGGAGGUGGCGGUGAAAACCGUGAGCAAGGGCGAGCUGGACCCGGCCUUCCUUCAGGCCAAGGUGGCCAUCAUGAAGGCCGUGGAGCACCCCAGCGUGGUGCAGCUGUUCCAGGUGAUGGAGACGGCUGACCGUGUGUACCUGGUGAUGGAGUACGCUGGUUGGGGCCAGCUGCUGCAGUACAUCCCAGAGGAGGUGGGCCUGCCUGAGCGGGAGGAGCAGGGACUGUUGGAGCAGGUGGCGAGCGCCCUGCGCACGUGCCACGCCCAGGGCAUCGCGCACAGGGACGUGAAGGCGGAGAACAUCCUGCUGGAUGCGUGCGGCCACAUCAAGCUGUGCGACUUCAGCCUGGGCUGCCAGUUCAGGCGGGGAGACCUGCUGGACAGUGCGUACAUCGGGCCCGCGGUGGACGUGUGGAGCCUGGGUGUCCUCCUCUACUUGAUGCUGACGGGGCACCUGCCCUUUGAAGGGGACACCCUCGAGGAGCUGAGGGACCAGGUGCUGCACCGCUCCUGGGUCUUACCGGCCCACGUGUCCAUCCACGCUCAGGACCUGGUGGCGGAGAUGCUGACCGUGGACACCAUGGAGAGGCCCAGCAUGGCCGAAGUCGCGAGGCACCCGUGGCUGAAAUGGGGUCAGUGCCCUUUUGUGAUUGCUACCAGGAAGUCCCGCCGCCGCUUCUGCCCAGAUCUCUCCACAGUGAAGGUCAUGCUUGACCUGGGUUUCGACCUCACUGACACCUGGACGUCCCUGAAGGGACGAAAGUUUGAUGAAGCCAUGGCUACCUAUCUCCUGCUCAGGCACCAGCACAAGCAGGGGGUGGGCUUCACGGUCCAGAGGAGGUCUGUGCACUCGGGGCUCCAGCCCAGGUCGUCUCUCCCAGCCACCCUACCCCGCCAGAGGAGCGCCAGCAAGCCCACCUCUCACUCCAGGCGGGUCAUGCCAGCUGUACAGCAGCCGCGUGGGGAGCACCUGCGGCCCGGGCAGAGGGGCAGCAAGGGAGGCAGCCUGCCUGCCCUGGCCCUCCCCAGCCUGCAGGCCCAGAGCCCAGCUGCCCCCGGCAGGGCCCUGCAGCAGGACCUUGCCUCCCUGCCUCCUGGCCCUGGGUCUGGAGGCCACAGGUCCCAGGUGGAGGGCAGCAUCAGCCCCCAGGGAGUGUCAGGAGGAGAGCAGGCCCUCCCCAGGCAGCAAGCCCAAGGAGGGACAGCGGGCUCCUCCCAGGAAGGCACCAAGGCCUGGCGGAGGGCAGUUGGCAAGGAUGUGAUCAGCAUGGCGCAGGUGCUCCAUAGAGGCGUGCCACCUGCAGGCACCUCCUUCCUAUGA